AUGGCCUCUAGUCCUCAUCAAACCCACAUCCCUCUUCCUCCUGACCCAGGUGAAAAUACCAUCACUCAUGAAGCUAACUUGUCUCCAGUUCCUAUUUAUAUUGUCACACAUGCGGGUCAGCUUCCAAGUGAAUUCUUGGAGCCAUCUCCUGAGAGGCAAUUGGUGAUUGGUUUUGACUGUGAGGGUGUUGAUCUUUGUCGUAAUGGAACUCUUUGUAUCAUGCAGCUGGCCUUUUCAGAUGCUAUAUAUUUGGUUGAUGCUAUUCAGGGUGGAGAGAUGCUUAUGAAAGCCUGCAAGCCUGCACUUGAGUCCAGUUACAUCACUAAAGUUAUUCAUGAUUGCAAACGAGAUAGUGAGGCACUGUACUUUCAAUUCGGGAUUAAGUUGCACAAUGUUGUGGAUACCCAGAUUGCUUAUUCUUUAAUUGAGGAGCAAGAAGGACGGACAAGAGUGCUAGCUGACUACAUAUCAUUUGUUGGCCUCCUUGCAGAUCCACGCUAUUGUG